CCGAAAGGAUUGACAGGGCGACUUUUUGUUUCUACACAGCUUCAAAAGUACUCUCCCCUUUCAAUUGUUUUUCUUCUAAACCUCGAUCCUUCCAAGCAUUGCAAUGGAAUAGUUCUUGAGCUUUUAAUUCAAAUUCCAGGACCAGGAGCAUGAUAUAAUUAAAACCUAACAUAGCAUCCAAAAGGAAUAUAAAUUACCAAUUGCAUUUUCUCAGCAUGCCCUUCAGCUGGAUGGAUCAAAUUGACAAAUUUUCUAGAGCGCAGCACAUCAAUAACAGUUCCAUACAGUAUCUUUGAAAGAACUAUGAUAAGUGACCCGAAACUUGUAGUGCUCUCCGAAUACAAAUGCCACCAACGGUGGGAGUUCUGAUAUGAGCAUCACAGCGUGGUGCUUACCUACCAUUGGGCGACACAAAAACUUUGUGUCUCAAAGUGUUGACUGCCACAAUCCCACAUUAUUGUCCUUGGAAGAUUUUUGAAGUUGUAGAGAGCAUAAAUUGUGGUUUCUUCAUAUUACACACAUAGAAUUGCAGGCUAAAGUAUACUGAUUUUUCUAAAUCAAGAAACUGGUCAUCCUUGAUAGGAACACUAGAGUCAAUUAAUUUCGAAAAUUUACUGGUUUCAACAGAGAAGAAAAGUGACACUGCACUAGGGAAUCUUUAUUUAGCUAAGCCCUCCUGGGAGGCAUAUUUUCUACUUCUACUUCAACAGAGCCCAUAGAAAAGUAAACCAAUCUCAUCAAGAUAUAAUGCAUAUUCUCUACUUCUACUCACGAACACCCAAUCUUUAACUUGAAUUCAACCCAAUUUCAUAUAAUCCAUUCCUCACAAGAAAAUAUUAGGCAAAUUUGUGGUCUUAAACAUAGAUUAACCACAACAAACAUGUAAUGCAGAUUAACAAUCCAAGAUUGAGAUUUUUCUAAAAAUAUACUCAUAUAAAGAGUAGUUAAAUUAUAUGUUGUCUAAUAGAGAGAAUAGAUAAAACGAAAAGGACAUACAACUUGUUUAUAUCAUAUACAAAAAAGAAUGUGUACAUAAUCUCGACCAUACAAAACAAUGGCAAAUUUGGUUAGUACUCACAAUAAUUUCCAAACACAAUCUCAAAUAUUUUAAAUCUUUAUCUCAAAUAUUUUAAAUCUUUAUCCAACAAAAGAGAUGAAAAAUUGUAUUACUCUUUUCGAAUUCGGUCCAUAAGAUUGUUUUAAAAUUUUCACAACCUAUUAUUUAAAUAAUAUCGAAUAAUAAAUCAUCAAAAGAAAUUGAAUCUAAAUAUAAAAAAACUGUGGAGUAUUAAAAAGGGAUAGAAGAGAACCCUUAAAAAGAAGAAACCCUAGCUCGAAGAAGGAGAACCUGCACUUGCCCUCCCCGAAAAAGAGACUCUUGCUACCUGAGGGUCUAAAACUGAAAGGCUACCGCUUGAGAAGGUGCAAUGCAUGAACAAUAGAAAUUUGGCACACAAAAAAAAUUAAAUGCUACACAAAGAGAAAUGAAAAUAGAUUGAUUGAGCUCAAGAUCUAAACGAAGAGAGAAGGUGAUUCCGUCGGAUUGAGAACAAUUUCUUCCGGUUGAGAGCAAUUCUUAGUGGUGCAGGGGCAAUUCCAGAUUGAGAGGGCCAAAUUCGAAUUUUAUAUAUUUUAAAAUUUUCAAUUUGACCCCAUUUCUUCUUUUCUUUUCUUCCACGCCCCGCCGCCAACGCCCGCCGGUCAAAGUCGCCGGAAAAUGAACUUUUUCCGAUUCCGGCGGGACCAAUGUCAUUCUCUUCGUCUUGAGACGAGGAUCAAUAAUAUCCAAACCAUUUUGUCUAAUUUGGCCUGUAACUUCUCGAAUCUGAAUUUUUCUACUCGAAAAAACCCUAAAAUUCGAAAUUGGAUCCAAAAUUGGGGGUUUUGCAAAUCUUCAUCAAAUCUUGCAAUUGAGGGGUCCUUGGAGGUCGCCCGGAUGCCACGACCGCAUUGGAGUUGGUGCCCUCCGUCAAUUUCGCCGGAUUUCGCCGGAAAACGCUCCGACCCGCCGUCAACUCAAGGAAAGGGUGGUGGUCAAAGCCGCCAUUUGCUCGGCGAGAGAAGGAUUGGUCGAAGCGGCGGCAGUCGAGGCAGUGGCUCUCGGUUGGCGGCGAGGACGAGGCUGCGGGAACGUAGCUUCAUCGGUUCCCGGGUGGAAGGAAGACUCGUCAAUCUCCCAAUGCUUCGUUCCUUUGCAUUUUGGCCCGACGUCCGUCUUGAUGUGGAACUCAUCAAGGAUCGCCAUGACAAGAAGAGCAUAGGGGAGCGGCCGGUUGUCCGAGGUGGCGUUGAACAUGUGGAUCAUCACAAAUUUACACCAAUUAAUAUUGGCGUUGUGAAUCAUCGCAUGGAUCGUCUUCGUGUCUUCUUGGGAGAGAGUGGUGUGGUUGAACUUCCUGGGCUUGAGGAUCCGUGUCAACACAUAGAAGAUGCACUACAAGAAAAGAGCCUUUUAGCCGCACUUAAUUCGCCGCGCAUGAUCAAGUGUAGUUAUACAAUUUAACACUUUAUCAUUCCCUGCACUUAAAAGAGAGGUAAAAGACAGUUUCACCUACCCACAUAAAAAAAGUGUGGCAACUCUCAUAAUUAAAGUUAAUUAUAAAAU